UUUAAGGCCGCUUCGCCUGUAUCCCGCGGCUUCCUCGUCUUCCAGGGGAAUCUCUCCACGUCACUCCAGUCCAUCCCACAAGUUGGCCCAUGGACAAACAGUAGGAUACGAGGGUGGCCGCGACUGCAUGGAUUUUCGAGACCGGCGCUCGUCAGCGUAUCGGAAGAAAGCAAACACAUUGGAAGAAUGUGCAAACUCCAUACUGUACUUAUAGUAAUUGGCUCACUAUUUGGACCUAAUCUCCCAGAGCUGUGAGGGAGCAACACUAAUUGUGGUGCCACUGAUUAAGAUCAGCAUGCAACUUUGAAGAUGAAGUCAUCAGGAUCACUGGUAGAAGCCCCUCCUUUAUUAAUGUUUUGGACAGAGAGCACAAGAGCUCUGAAAAUACCAUAUGGCAGUCAGAAUUCCCAGUAGGAGCUGCCAGGGAAAGAACAUUCUAAAUAUGCUUCAGAGCAAUUUGCAGUGGCAUCUUGUCUUGCUAAAUUUCUUGACCUGUGGCCUGGAGAUAUGCGUGGCAGCUGGAAUUACAUAUGUUCCUCCUCUACUCCUGGAAGCAGGGGUUGAGGAGCAGUAUAUGACGAUGGUUUUAGGGAUUGGACCAGUCUUAGGACUCUUGCUUAUUCCUCUGAUUGGAUCAGCAAGUGACCACUGCACAAGCAGUUAUGGCCGAAGGCGUCCUUUCAUCUGGCUGCUGUCUUUAGGCGUCUUACUAGCACUGUUUAUCAUCCCCCGUGCCGACACAUUUGCCUCCUACUUCAGCUGGACUGGUCACACACUACAUGUGACCUUUCUCAUACUUGGUGUAGGUCUUCUGGAUUUCUGUGGGCAGGUGUGCUUCACUCCACUUGAAGCUCUGUUAUCAGAUCUCUACCGGGAGGAAGAAGACUGUGGCCAAGCGUUUGCUAUGUUCUCUUUUAUGGUCAGUCUUGGAGGUUGCAUUGGGUACCUGCUUCCAGCUGUCAAUUGGAGUGACAGCUACUUGGCCUUCUAUUUUGGGAGUCAGGAAGAAUGUCUCUUUUCUCUUCUUACUGUCAUUUUUGUUGUAAGUGUCCUGGUUACCAUGAAGGUCUCAGAGGAAUGUGCUUACCCUUCAGGCCAUCUUUUACUGGAACCAAAGCCUUCAGAGAAUGUUCGGUCCAAGUCACACUAUUGUUGCUACCCACUUAGAUGUAAACUGCGGAUCUUCACGUCCAGACCUCUGAUUUGUCUACUGCGUACUUGCUGGUCUAUGACGCCUACCAUAUAUCACAGUUACCGUCACAUUCCUCAGGUCAUGAGACAGCUGUGUAUGGCUCAGCUCUGCAGUUGGAUGGCAGUCAUGUCUUUCAUGCUGUUCUACACAGACUUCAUUGGGGAAGGCCUUUAUGAAGGGGUUCCCAGUGCUGCACCUGGAACAGAGUUGAGGAUUCGCUAUGAUGAAGGAAUUCGUAUGGGAAGCAUUGGUCUGUUCUUGCAAUGUGCUACCUCAAUCUUUUUUUCAAUUGUGAUGAGUAAACUAGUUUGUUUUUUUGGUUCCAAACGUGUCUACCUAGCCAGCAUGGUCAGCUUCACUUUAUCUGCACUUGUCAUCUGCCUUUCAAAAAGCAUUGUCUUGGUCACCUUUAUGUCUGCACUGACUGGAUUUGCCUAUGCCACCCUUCAGACUUUACCUUACACCCUAACUUGUCACUACCACAAGGAGAAAGAAGUCUACAUGCCAAAAAUACUUUCCAAAAGUAAGCCAAAAAAUGGGAUGACGAUCACAAGAGAGUCGGUAAUUCUGACCAUGGAUGAACAAUGUACCAUGGAUCAUGAUUUUGGACCAAAUGGACAUCUUUUAUUUGAAUCACAGAGUAGUGACUUCUAUAUAGCAAACAAACCCUCUACAGCAGAGUGGACGCUUUUAAGCAAGUUUUUUUCUUUCAAUGGAAAUUCAGUGACUGGAGCCUGUGUAGAUGUAAAAGAAGAUGUGGAUCAUGGCAAACGUGGCAUUGGCCUUGAUUUCGCUAUCCUGGACAGCACUUUCCUCCUUUCACAGGUCUUCCCUACUUUGUUUAUGGGAAUGAUAGUCCAGUUUACAGAGUCUGUGACAGCAUACAUUGCAUCAUCUACUAUAUUUGGUUUGAUUGCUAUUUAUUUAGCUAACCAUGUAGUGUUUGACCAAAAAGAUUUAAAAUUGUGAUAUUUUGUUAUCUGGGUGGAAAAAAGCACACACAAAAUACUGUUUUAUACAAUCUUCAAUUUGUUUGUAUUCAUAAAAUUAUUUAUAUAAAUAAUUUUCUGUUCUAUUUAAGUUAAUGUUGAGGUUUUUUAGUUAUAGUCACAUUUUCCUUUUAAUCAUGAAGAACUGAAAUAGCCAUUGUGAUUUGUCUAUAGUAUUUUAUAGCAAACAAUUACCUGUUUCAAAGAAAAAUAACUUUGAAGAAAAACUGAUUACAGAUUAAUGCCACACAUUUAUACUAAAUGUGUAUAUGCAUGUGUAUAUAAUAAGUGCACAAAAUGAUUUCCUUUUGUUUAAGGAUGGAAGUAUUUUCAAAACAGUAAUCCUAAAACCAUAAUUUGUCACCUUGCUUUUGUUCUGCAGGAUUUAAUUUGCUGAACACUCGGCCAAACCAGCAGUGAAAUAAAAAAUGAAACUCUGGUGUGGCAGUGUUUCGUACAGUUUUAUAUAUUCCAGCGUAAAAGAUUCCAGAAACAUUCCAGUGUGAAACUUGUAUUGUUUAAAAUUGGAUCAGCUAUUUUGUUUUCAUUUCAAAUAAAAUAUGCCUUUUUGUUGGAUGUUCUUAUGUUUAGUAUUGUCCCUCAGGAAGUUAUGAUAAUUAAGAGACAGUAGACGGUAAGCUGCAGAUUUAAUUUCCAUGCAAGCAGAAAAAAACGGUUAUCUGUCACGCUUGUCUAAAUGAAAAUGAGAAAGGCGACUUUGUGAAGGAUUUUCCUUUUUACCUCAGAUUUUUGUUUUCUUCAUUUGCAGUGCCUUUCAGUUUUAUUAUAUUUAUUGCUGUAAGUUUGUUUAUUUUGUUCACAUCUUUAUCCAAGACAAAUCACAGAUGUUAAGAUGCCAGUAAAGAUAUGUACAAGUAUUUGUGAUUUUUGGGCUAACCUGAAUUUCAAAGCUGUCAGUUCUCUGUGUUUAUCCCCUAAAAGUUAUUGAGAAUGUCUUUAAUGAUAGAACCUGCAUAGUUGAUAACUUUUUACUGAGAUUGCAUUUUCAUCAUUUGUAACUAAUUAUCUUCUAAACAUUUUACACAAGAUUGUUUUCAUGUAUGUCUAGUACUGUAUUUAUCAGAACAUUACAAGGACUAGAUGUACAAAGUUUCAGAUCUUUGGGAAUUGUAAUAGCUGAAACUGAACUGUAUAAAGAGAGAAAAAGGUUUCCAGCAACACAUUUCUUUCACCAUCUUCAAAUUAGAAACUUUGUUAAACAGAACCUGCCCAAUUUCCCUCAUCUCCCACCUCCCUCUAUGCUGGAAAAUAUAUUCAUUCGUUUCAAGGACUUAGAUAGCAUCUCUGCAAUAUAAAAAACCAUUUUACAGUCCUUCCCAAUCAAAGAUCCAAGAGGACAAUAGGAAAAGGAUCUCUGCCUCAACAUAUCAGAAAAGGAGUGGAAGGUAGCAAUUCACUCGAGCUCCAUAUGUGCAAAGCAUACAAUUAUUCAACUCAAAAUUUAUAUAUCAAGCACAUCUGUCUCGCUUAAAAUUGUCCAAAAUGUUUCCAGGGCAAGAUCUAACAUGCGAACGCUACAACCAAGCUCCCGCCUCACUGGGUCACAUGUUUUGGGCCUGCACCAAAUUAACAUCAUUUUGUACCAAAAUUUUUAAGUGCCUUUCAGACAGCCUUGGUGUCACAAUCCCUCCUAACCCAUUAACAGCUGUGUUUGGUGUUCUUCCAGAUGGGUUUAAAGUGGAGAAGGACAAACUGUGAUUGCAUUCACUACACUAUUGGCAUGGAGACUUAUCUUGCUCAACUUGAAGAAUUUUUCCAAACCUGGCAGCAGGAUCUAAUCAAUAACAUUUUAGAAUAAGCUUUUAAAGCACUGAGGAAGCAGAUUCUCUCCCAAUUCUUUUUUUUUUCUUCUCCAUUUAUCUAUAUUCACUUAUUAAUCUAUUUGCUUAUUUUUUACUAGGUUUAAGUUUUAUUCUGCUGCCCAUGCUCUCUUUCUCAGGGGUGGGGGUUGAUUUGUUUUCAAUCCUAUUCUUGUAAAAUUGAUGUAUUUGUAUGGAAUGUUGUGUGAUUUCAAUAAAAAAAAAAAAAAAAAGAGAAAAGGCAAACUAAGUGGUAGCCAUCAACCAGAAAGUAUACCUGGAAUUAUUUGUAAUGCAAUUCUAAAUUUAGUAUUUUUACUAAAAUA